ACUUCCUAUAUAUAAACACAGAUACCCUUCAUUUCUUUCUGUUAUUUGCAGUAGUAAGAAGAAAAAUGCGGAUAAGCUGUAAUGGAUGCCGAGUUCUUAGGAAAGGGUGCGGCGACAACUGCAGCAUUAGGCCGUGUUUGGAAUGGAUCAAAAGCCCCGACUCCCAGGCCAACGCCACCGUCUUCCUCGCCAAGUUCUACGGCCGCGCCGGCCUCAUGAACCUCAUUAAUGCCGGCCCCUCCAAUCUCCGCCCUGCUAUAUUCAGGUCCUUACUCUACGAGGCGUGCGGAAGGAUCGUGAACCCGAUAUACGGGUCGAUCGGGUUGCUGUGGUCGGACAGCUGGCAGCUCUGCCACAGCGCGGUGGAGGCCGUGCUCAGAGGGGCUCCGGUCACUCAGAUGACCACCGAGCCUAAAGACGGGCCACCCCUGAAGGCCUACGACAUAAGGCACGUCAACAAGGAACAUAAAUUCCCCGCCUCCAACGACCUUCGCCGGGUCAGGAACCGCUGCCGGUUCAAGCGCUCGGGGAAGCGGGCUCGGGCCUCGCCGGUUAACGUCUCGAUUAGCCACGAUUCCUCGUUGAGCCACCAGUCUGAGGCGGCGGCGGAACCAGCUGGUACGGACCAUGAGAGCCGGGACGGCGACAGCUCGAUGAGGGAAGACGACGGGCGAGGCGGCGAGGAAGGAGAAAUUGAGCUAGAGUUGAUGCUGGGGUUCGAGCCGUUUAGCCGCUGUGCGAAGACGCCGGAUUCGGCAGCCAAACGAGCCGCUAGCUCGGCUGCUGGGGAGUCUGGCUUCUGUCAAAUGGAGCUACGGCUCGAUUGUCCGACCUCGUGAACAACGGCUCAAAAUUUAUUACUGUUUUACUUGUGUUUGCUCUUUUUCCUUUUAAGUUUACCAGGUUUUCAUCCUUAAGUUUUGUUUAAUGUCGUAUAGAGGAGCUAAAAGUUUUUUUUUUU